AGUCAAAGGUUUGGGUGGGAGGGUUAGAUGGUUUAAACUGUCUAAACUAUCUGCUAGAUCACCAUAAACCUUUUCAUCAACAGAGCCAGAGGUUGGAGGUGAAGCGUGAUUUGAGAAUCAUGUCGCAGAACAGUUUGAAUGAAAACUGCACCCAUGUGGAUGAUCUCGUAAAGCGCUACUAUCUGCCGGUGAUGUACAGCCUCAUCUUUAUCGUGGGUACGGUGGGGAACAUCACAGCUCUGGUGGUGUACGUGUUUAAAGUACGGCCCUGGACCAACACGACCAUCAUCAUGGUAAAUCUUCUCGUCAGUGACCUUCUACUCAUGGUCUGCCUGCCCUUCUUAGUUUACUACUAUAAACUCAAUGAAACCUGGACACUAGGACUUCAAAUGUGUCACUUCACACGCUUCAUCUUUCAUUUUAACUUAUACGGCAGCAUCCUCUUCCUCACCUGUCUGUCCAUCUUUCGGUACGUGGUAGUCAUUCGUCUAUCGCAAAGGGAGAACAUUAAGAAGAAGCGCUGGGGUGUGCUGGCUUGUGUGUUGGUCUGGGUUGUUGUAGUGGCCAUGAUAUCUCCAGCGUUUAACAAGUUUGAAUUAAAACUCGAAAACAACAGAACCGUAUGUCCGGACCUCGCCAGCAGUAACACAGACUUCGCCUGGCCGUAUAGCUGGGUGCUGACUGUAGUGGGAUAUAUAUCGCCUCUAAUCGUGGUCUGUUUGUGUUACUGGCGUAUCAUGAGAAAGUUAGGGAAGGGUCCUCAUACAGGUAGUGAGAAACGAAUGAAGGCUAGAAGAGUUAUUGUGUUGAUAUUGACCUGCUUUAUUGUGUGUUUCUUGCCUUUUCACGUACUACGAGCUUUGAGAAUUUACACAAGAAUGAUGCAGAAUGUCACCUGCAUGUUGUACCACGGUACGCAAGCUGCAUAUGUGAUAUCAAGACCGAUCGCUGUUCUUAACACAAUUUUUAACAUGAUGCUGUACACAUUGUCUGGGGAUUCCGUUAAACAGGCCUUCAUGGAGUUCUUUAGGUGUAAACAGCUUACAGAAAAGACUAAAGAGAUUUUUAAGGUAGCUGUGAUCAGCAAACCCUCAUCUGACUUGUGUGAAAGAAGUGAAAUUGCAUGUUCAUCGAAAACACAAUGA